UGUGUGCUGGCUUCACAUUGCUGUAAGGAUCGAUGCUCCCUCUGUUGUCCUGUUAUAUGCCUCUCUACUCAGUUAUUUAUUUGAGUAUCACUCAGCUGCAGAUGAAUAUUAUUUUGAGUAAUUAUGAAUAGCGUUAUAGGGCGCAGUGACAUUGCACAACAAUGUUCAAUCGUUUACUUGCAGCUAGUGAAAAUUAGCCUACUCAGCGAAUCGGUUUACCUGUAAGCGGUGUACAAAGUCAAAGUCUAUGUGACGGAGUCCGAGCGCCGCACUGAUACCGAUACGAGCGAAAGCAGCCGGAAGACGAGGUACGUCCACAAAACCGCUUGUUCUGGCUGAUGCUGGGGAGGCAGGUGCUGUGAUGGUGGAGGACGGGACCCUGAUGAGGGGACGGGUAACAGUGUACUCCAUGCCAGGCUGUCCACACUGCAUACAGGCCAAAGCUACUCUGAGUACAUUAGGUGUGCCUGUGUGUGAUGUGGAUAUAAACAAGCAUAGAGAAUUAAGAGCACGAUUGAAGGAGCUCACAGGUCACAGUACCGUACCACAGAUAUUCUUCAAUAACCUCUAUGUGGGAAACAACGACGACCUCCAGAACCUGGAUCCUGAGCGACUAGAACAUCUCAUCCUAUCAGUAAGAGAGGAACCCGUGCCGCUGGACGCUCCACCUGUACCUGGGGAAAAUAGCCUUGACUCUGAUGGUGAGAUUGAUGGAGCAGCCUGUGAGCUCUCGGAGGCACUGAGGAAUCUGACCCUGCAACUCUACUCUGAUCAUCUCUCUGAAGAUGGCAAGACAGUUGAUUACAAGGCCAUAUCCAGGAGCCUGUGCUUCGAGCGGUACUGUGAUCUAGCUGUCCAGCUUCAGCGUGUGGAGCUGCUGUCUCUGAGUCGUGAAGAGAAACUGGCUUUCUUUAUCAACAUCUACAACGCCCUCGUCAUCCACGGGAACCUGCGUCUGGGCUUUCCCAAAAACAUAUGGCAAAGGUAUCGGUUCUUCAACUAUGUGAGCUACUUCAUUGGUGGUGAGGUGUUCACACUGCAGGAUAUUGAAAAUGGAGUGCUUCGAGGAAAUCGAAAAGGUGUGGCACAACUCAUGAAGCCCUUUUCCAGGAACGACCCUCGGCUGCAGGUAUCCCAAAAAGAGGAUAUAUCACUCCGGGUGGCACUUCCUGAUGUUGAGCCUCUCAUUCAUUUUGCACUGAACUGUGGUACAAAGGGCUGCCCUCCAAUUAAGACAUACACGCCACAGGACAUUGAUAGUCAGUUGCGUGCUGCAGCAGAAGCGUUCAUGGAGAAUGACGACAGCUGUGUGAUUGACAGCGUGGGACGAGAAGUGAAACUCAGCCAGAUCUUUAAGUGGUACAAGGCAGAUUUUGGAGGCACUGAUGAAAAGCUGCUGAACUGGGUGUUUGAGCAUAUGGGAGCAUCACAGAAGAAGAGGACUCUACAGACUCUGCUGUCAGAAGGAAAGGUCAAAGUGAGCUAUCUGCCCUAUGACUGGUCUAUAAACAGCACAGACUGAACUAAAGCACAUUCUCAUGCACAUGAUCACUCAAACACUGACUCGUUGCAGGUUCUGUGUUUCUGUUGAACACGUGCAGCCGAGACGAGCGAUUCAAAACAGAACUGUAUCCUCAAACUAUGCAUUUCAAUCCCUUUACCUUGUUCUUCCACCUCCCAAAGGGCAAUGUGAUACUGUAGCCUAAUAUUUCUAACGAAAUUUUAUACCUAUAAUUGUAUUGCAGUGUUUUGCACUGACUAUUAUGCAGUUACAUGUUUUAAAUCUUCUCAUGCAAUGAUGUCUUUAAUUUAUCUGCAUUAUUAUGUGUAUUGUAAUGUAUCUAUGUCAAUUUAUUUUUUUAAAUUUAUUUAAUACAUAGUUUUCAGCAACACUAUAAAAAGCAAAAAACAACCCAAGGAAAGUAAUGAAACAUACCUGCACAGAUUGAGAGCUAUGGUGCAUAUUGCUUGUAAUAUACAAUUUUUCAAAAGAUCUCAAGGAAAAAUAAUAAUUUAUAUUAUAUAUCUAUAUAUAUGCACCAAUUCAACAAUACACAGUAAUAAACAGCCAUAUUUACCUAUGUAUAUUUUUACAAAAAUAUUUCAAUGUGACAAAUUUGCACGGAUGCUUCCAGGAUUGUUUUUAAGCGCAAUUAAAAUAAUGUCUAAAUCCACAGAAAUACAUAUAAAUAUAAAUUAAAAAUAUCUAGCUAUUCACAAUGUUCAAAAUUGUGUCUUAAUUUACUUACCCAGUAUAUCACUCUAUAUUUUUUCUUUUAUUUUAUUAAACAAAAAGUGGAUGGCUGUUGAAUUUAUACUCCACCACGAAGGAAAAAAAGCAUCAUAAAGGUAUACAACAUGACUUUUAAGCUAUAUUCCGAGUCUUAAAAGAGCUAUACAAUAGCUUUGUAUGAGGAUUAGAUUAAAAUUAUUCACAGAUGUUUUUUAUUUGCUGUACAUUCACUGCUGCGGAGUUCACUGUUUUGAUCUGAAGGGAAAUGUGUAGGACAUGGAAAAUUUUGAGACAUGGAUUAGUUUGUGCAACUUUCGUGCUGUUUGUUGUACUGUUGACUCUCACUCUGUCUGGAUGAUGGAUGUCUUCAGCAGGGAAGCGAGCAGCGCACACAUCAGUUCAUCAGAAUGACACCAGCCAGUAGCAUCCAAUACAUUUUGUAAUGCACAAUGUUAUUUGAUAAAUUAUUGAAAGGGCGUCAAGGCUGAUGGAGUCUCAUAACUGGUUUCUCAUAAACACGGCCUGUUUCGUACGAUGAGGCUCAGUGCCUGAUUUGAUCAAGGGUUAACAAGAAUUCCCAUCAUAUUUUUAUAGAAAAUGAGAUCUGGACUGAAACUUUCUGAAAAUCGAUUCUCCGUCUGUCUUGCUUUAGGCAGAGAAAAUCCUCCUGAACUCAGAAGCAGUUUUUGUUUUUUUGUUUUUCUGAGACGUGGAUCUGGAAAAGGCUCUUUUAAUAGAUGCUGAUUUUCCUAUAGGCAUGUAAUUUAAUAGUAAUGCAUGUGAUACUAUAGAAUAGUAUUGCAAGGGCUGACGCUGUGGGAUGAGAUGCACGAGUGAAAUGAGGAUCAGUACCUCCUGUUUCAGCCAGUGCCUUUUUACCUCUGCAUGAGACUGAUAUAGUCAUAUCCCUCCACUUGACUGCACAUCCCAUUGCUUCAGGAAAUCAGUUCAUUUGAAACUUUCAUCAGCUUGCUAAAUCAGAACUCACCCAUGAGAAGCUCCCAGAGUUACCUCAUCCUUUUCUCUUUUACUUUAAGGAAGGAUAUCAAUGCAAUGCAAUGAACCUGAACUAAAUGUCAAGACUGGACUGAUUCUUAUGCAUGGAGAUAAUUUAUAUGAUCUAGAGCAAUACUGCACUGUCUUUUCUAAAUAAACGGCAAUUAUAAAAUAUGAAGAAAUAAAAUAUGACAUUUCAUGUGCACUUAUUUUUGUUGAGAUGAAAAGCAGGUGCCAGAUUUGAUCUUAGCAUAAUGCAUUGUUACUGCAGAAAAUAAGUGGAGUCACAAUUAAAGGGAAGAGAAAAUGCUUUUCAUAUCUUUGGCUGUAGCUCCAAUGAAGCUGUAUUUUGCAGCAAAUUCAUCUGUGCCUUGGUAGAAGCAACCAAAUUAGACAGAUGUAACAUGGAUAGGUUGUGUGCCAAACACAUGCAUUAUGCAUUCAAUUAUUGACUGCUGAGAGCAUGAAACCAUUGAAAUUUAAGUCAUUUAGAAACCAAAUAACAUGCAAAACAAUUUUUUGCAUAUUGUUUUGCCUAUGAAGUUCGUGGUAAUAUUAAUACAUUUUGUUUGUUUGCUUUGUACAGAAUCAUUUUGGGUCACCACUUGAUGUCUAAUGUACAUUCUGGGUUCUGAAGCAAAAGUGGUUGAAAAUCACUGACCUGUUGCAGUGUGUGUGAUACUCAGGGGGAGGCACUGUUGCUUUAUGUUCAAUUUCACUAAAACAAUGCAUGUUUAUAAAUGUUAAUGUACAGAUCUAAUAAUGAUCAUUGAAAAAGAGAACUGAUUUAAAAAAAAAAAAUUUAUGUGUAUAUUAUGCAACCAUUUUUAAACCUUGUUUAUGAUAAAAAUCUGAGUGAAAAUUGAACUAACAGUUAACGUGACCUUUAGAAUUUUUAGUUUUAGUAUUUAGCUUGUCUCUCUUUUGUUUCACUUCAGCUGCAUGAACUCCUCAAGUUGAUCAUGUUUAGAUUAUCUAAUGAAGAUAAGAUGAAGCAAACUCAUACAUACAUACUUGGUACAUUAUGUCUAAAAUGAAAAUGGCAGUUACACCAUCUUGCAGUCUUAAUUUUGAACACUAGAAGACUUUUGCAGGCUGUUGUGAAGCUUUUUGCACCGCUGUUGCCUUGAGCAUCAUUUGAGCUCACGACUGUGAGAUUGGCUAAUUCUUCAGGCCACCAACCACAGCACUGUUGUUUCUCACGAAACGCGUCGAAUGGCACAACAUAUUAACCGCAGUUGAUGAGCUCGCCUUGCCACAUUGCACACGCAGACAUGCUAAAUAAAGCCAGAAGAUUUAAAUGCCCGUUGUUGUCACAUGAGCAGAAGUCUCAGCGACAUUAAACAAAGAUAUUGUAGAUAAAUGAAGCCUUUGAAGAACCACAUAUGACUCAGAUGUUACAAGUAAUGUGUGAUAAACCAGUUUCUUGGAAAGUACAGUGUUUUUACAGUAAUGUUGAAGUAAACAACUUUAUAUUGCAGGCUCGGUAAAAACCUGAGUUUUUGUCUUAGCUUUAUCUGUUGUCUUUUCAUUCAUUCAUUCAAAACAUUCAAAAUGGCAUUCAUUCAAAUGCCAAGAGUCAAUGGAAAGUCAUUGGGUUCAACAUAGACGGGCCUGAGGCACAGGUGCAGACGUGCACAGCAAUCUUAGGACUUAUAGAAAAAUAUUUUAUUUUAUCUGCAUUCAACAGUAAUUCCCCUGGUGAACUGUAAUGGCUCGACCAUAUGUGGGUUGAGAAAUGUAUUGUGUUUCAUAAAGAGAGAGAAGAGUAGAGUACAUCUAUCUGUAAGCUAGAUGCCAUUUUUGCUGGGGGGGGUUUUAGACCUCCAUCAGCUAAUUUUGUUUUGGUGAAAAAUAAAGGUGGUCUUAUGUUCUUGAA